AUGAGUUCUGGUACUGAGAAAACAGUUGACAAUUUAGCAGUAAAUGCAAAAGAUAAUCAACACGUUUUAAAAAAUGAUGAUAUUAAAAAGAAAAAUGUUGUCAAUGGAAAGACGCCAAGUGGUGAAGUUUUCAAAGUACCGCAAACCGCUGACAUGUUAACCUCUGUUUUCGAACCUAAUUCUAAAAAAUCCGCGUUCGAUGUAAUAAUCCUGGCAAUCAUGAGUUUUCAAAUAGUGUUAUUUUUUGUUCUUCCAUCACAUAUCAGACAAUGGACUUUCUUAUUUCUUUUCAUACUCUGGAGAACUGCGUACAAUUUUGGACUAGGCAUGUUACUGAAAUAUCAAAGUGAUAAAAAUGGAAUAGUAUCGUGGGUCAGGCGUCUAAAGAUCUUUAAUAAAAAAGAGGGUGGCAAGUUGUAUAAUUUUUUUAAAGAGGAAUUGAGUGUUAAAAUGGGUGAUGAUUAUAAUUUUGAUGAUGUUCCUUUAGAGUUUAACACAUGGCUGCUCUUCCGUCAACUAGUUGAUCUUAUUCUUUUGAAUGAUUUCACCACAUAUAUUUGCUUUGCACUUGCUAAUUUUAAUAUUCCUGAAAGUUCUGGCAUCAUUAUGAAUAUCUUGCGUUGGGUUGGUGGCCUAUCGUUGUUAUGGUUCAAUAUUUGGGUGAAAAGAGAUGCACAUCGUGUUGUCAAAGAUUACGCUUGGUAUUGGGGUGACUUUUUCUUCCUUGUUGAUCAAUCACUAACGUUUGAGGGCGUAUUUGAAAUGGCACCACAUCCAAUGUAUUCAGUUGGAUAUAUAGGCUAUUAUGGCAUAUCUUUGAUGAUGGCUAGCUAUACUGUGUUAUUCAUAAGCUUGGCAGCUCAUGCUUCACAAUUAGCCUUUUUAUCAUUAGUUGAAAAUCCUCAUAUUGACAAAAUAUAUAAUCCACCAACGCCUCUUAAUGCUAAACUUUCAAAACAAAUCGUACCAAAUACUCAUUCGCAAAUAUCUUCAAACGAGUCCAUCAAGUCUUCUGCUCCAGAUUUAUCCCCUACAUUAAACUAUCACUUUCGUGAUCUUAUAGUUUUUAAGAAUUUUGACCCUUUACGUACAAAUGAUCUUUUUGUUACCAUUAUUAUAUUCUAUGCUACUGUUGUCCCAUUGUUUGUUGUCGGCGUUUCUGAUAACUUUGUUAAACUUUUCUUUAUCAUUCAAUGUGUUGUAUGGAGGAUAUUUCAUUCGUACAUAUUAGGUGUUGUUUUAUUUUAUCAGAGCAAAGAAAAGUUUUUGACAAAACAUUAUAUUAAAUUUGGUGGUACUACGGGUGAUGCAUUUGAUAACUGGAAGAG